AUGGCUGAUGAGUCAUGGAGAUUGCCAAAUUCAGUGCAGCAGCUGGCUGCCACCGUGCAGGAGCGUCCGAGCCGGUACUUGCUCAGAGAGCAUGAACUUCUUGGUGGGCACCGUGCUGGUACCGAGUUGCUGGAGCUGAUCCCGACCGUCGAUCUCGGACUGCCAUCAGCAUCCAACGAUGUGGAGGAAGCCAACAAGCUGCGGUCGGCCCUGUGGAGCUGGGGAUUCUUCUUGGUUUCUAACCAUGGAACAGAGACAUCAUUGAUCGAUUUGGCGAUGACUGCAUCGAGGGAGUUUUUCACCUACCGCUCGAAGAGAAGAAGAAAUGCAGUAACCGGAUACUGUAGAUGGGAAGCAUUUCGGGUAGAAGGGUAUGGAAAUGACCAGGUGAGGACUCAAGAACAGAGAUUGGACUGGUCCUGA